AUGGUUCCAGAGAUUGCAGAUUUUUGGGGGAGACUCCCGCUCGAGUUAAUCGAACGAAUCCUGGAUCUCUUGAUUGACGACUACGAUCUGGACCCCGCGUACCAGUGGACCACAUUGCGACAUACUGCGCGGCGACAGAAGCGUCGGAUAGAGCGCUUCUUCUGGCAUUAUUGGUUACCGAAGCUGACCAUCACUCUUUAUUCGGGACCGCGAUGCCAGAUAGAUUAUAGACUGUCCAACCGUACAGACGACGAUAAUCCCGAGAGCAGUCAGGUUCGGUUUCGAACUCUAGGACCCGGCUUAUCGAAUUCACUAAACAAAGAGGAUAUCCGGUCCUUGUGGGACCAAUACACCUUCGAGAAUCGAGUCGCGCAUCUAAGACUAGGAGAAGGUCUUCUGAACCAUGGCAUGACGGGAGGGUACAUCGUUAACGAUACCGAUAUCGUCGAUCUGCAAGUGGAGGAUGAUGGCUUUGGUAUUGUAUUCGAUUGGCGGCGGACCUUCGACGCACUACUUCGCGAAGAGGUCAUGAUGCGUAAAUUCCAAUUAGAGAUGACUACGGAAAGGAAAAUGGCGUUAGCAUCUGAACACCGAUGGCCGCCGUUCCCAAGGAUCCAGAGACUGGCCCUUGUCAAGCAGUUCGUACUAGAUGUACAGAUGGCAAAGCGAGUUGCAGUGCAAAAACAUCGUCUAAAGCGCCACGAUCCAUCAGGCCAGACCCAAAUAGGAAGUAUAACUCAGGAAUCACGACAUCUGCAUAACCAGCCCUUACCUCUGCUACCGCCUCCUACAGAACCAAGAAGGGCGUGCUGUGCAAUCUGUUCUCGCCGUACGGGACCUUCUAUAUUCGAGGUUGUCGCGUGCGAAGAAAGCGUGGUGCUGAGCUUAGAGGAUUGGCAACAACUUAGCAAGGAGGAAUUACUCGAUUUAUACGCUGAGGCGUAUGGUUGGAAUUGUUACCGAUGCCUAGGACAGAAAGACAACGUCGAAUGGCAGCAGAUUAGCAAGAAUGACUGGCUUACCGUUUGCAGCAGUACUGACGAGAAAUUACAUAGCGUACGGAGGUGGAACCCCUGGUUCUAG